CAUGGCCGGCAAAGCAGUAGUCUGUAGCAUUUUUGCUGUUCUAGUUUCCAUUUCUACCGUAUCAGGCUUAUAUUUCCACAUAGGAGAAACAGAGAAAAAAUGUUUUAUUGAAGAAAUUCCAGAUGAAACUAUGGUCGUGGGCCAUUACAAAGUUGAGAUUCUAGACAACAAUAUAAAUGACUAUGUUCCAACUGUAUAUGGAUUAGGAAUGCACGUAGAGAUCAGAGAUCCUGAAGAUAAAGUUGUGAUGUCGAGGACUUAUGCUGCUGAAGGACGUUUCACAUUUACAUCUCACCUUGCUGGAGAGCAUGUGGUUUGUCUUCACUCCAACUCAACAGCGUGGUUCUCCAGUGGUCAACUGAGAGUACAUCUUGACAUACAAGUCGGAGAGCAUGCUGUGGAUUACUCUCAGAUCCAAGCCAAGGACAAACUUUCUGAGCUCCAACUAAGAAUCCGUCAGCUUCUAGACCAGGUAGAACAGAUCACAAAGGAACAGAACUACCAGAGGUAUCGAGAGGAACGAUUCAGACAGACAAGUGAGAGCACUAAUCAGAGGGUAUUGUGGUGGUCUAUUGCUCAGACUCUGAUCCUUCUCCUUACUGGUUUCUGGCAAAUGAGACAUCUCAAGAGCUUCUUUGAGGCCAAGAAGUUGGUAUAGGCCAUAGCAUCAUCUUAAGGCAGCAAACUGGCUGUAAAUCAGGAAGUAGUGGAUCUUUUCCUCAACAGUGUUACUUUAAAGGGAUUUGGGCAAUUUUUUGGACAAACUACCACAUCUUUCCUGGCUUGCCAGUAGUGUGCAUUUCCUCAUAUCAUUGAGGAUAGAACUGCAAUCGAGACCAUUAACAAGAUAGUCUUUAUCUGGUAAACAGUUGUUUCUGGUGGUUUAUAUUUUGGCUUUAUUCAUUUCCUGUAGUUUACAUUUUCUUGCUUAAAAAAACUAAACAAAAAUAAUGUAAAUGAUAUUGACAUGCAUGUCGGUUUCAAAAUUUACAAAUUGAAAACAGAUUAAUAUUUUAAUAGAUUAAUAUUUGAUUGAUAUCUUUAAAAAGAUAUUAAAAAAAACACAUUAAGACUGUUAAUUCCUGAUUUACAGCUUGUUAAAAGUAUUUCGUAUAUGUAUCUUAUAAGAACAAGAACAUGUGAUAAAUAUAUGUUAACAUUUGACUUUGGGGUGGUUACAUUAAGGUUAGGAAUGAGAAAUAAUGUAAAAUCCAUAAUUGAUUAUCGGUUAAAAUCAGAUAGUCAUUUCGAUGUAAUUAAUCAAUAUCAGGAUUUUCCCUGAUACCCGCUUCAGAUCAUUGUAUAAUAUAAGGUUAAACUAUUAAUCUAUUAUAUCUGAUCAUUGUCCCAUCACUAUUCAAGAUUUUUAACUAUUGUUUGAAAUAAACAUUAUAUCGGGUAGAGCUACAUCUGGUAUUUCAUUGAUUUUUAACUAUUGUUUGAAAUAAACAUUACAUCAGGUAAAGCUACAUCUGGUAUUUCUUUGAAUAUAGUUCAAACAGUCUGAAUAAGUGCACUUUUUCUAAACAUCCAUGAGAAAGAUUAAUGAAGAUAUUGUUUAAUUAUUUAGAAGUGUUUAUAUUAUCUUCUAUGUUAGUUUUUCUCUUUAUGUACCAAUUUAGAUGAACAUUACAUACAUACUAUGUAGUAAGGGGCAAUUUGGAAUUCGGUAAUCUCCCCCCUAAAAAACUGAGGAAAGAAAUAACAUGUUUUCUACAUACCAGUUACAUUACAUAAAUCACUGCUGAAGCGUAUCAAAGAUAACAGUAUACACAUUAUCAGUGAUGCAGAAGGCUAGACCAUCAACAGGUUAUUUUCUUCUCACACUUGGCCAGACAUAUAAUGGGCCAUGGCCUUCCUAAGCCCCGAUAUAUUUAGAAAUUUGACUUUUGUGGGAAAUUGGUAUUUGAGUAUAAAUUAGCCCUUGUAUUAUAUCCUCAAUUUUCCCCUUGAUAAAUAUCUUAAGAAUGUUUGAAUGAAGUGCUUUUAAAAAUAAAUUGGUAUUGCUUUACCAAAGUUGAGCUAUGAUUUUUGAUAGUUUCUGAAAAUUUUAUUUGAUGCGAGAAAGAAGUGUGAUUUUUGUUGUGAGGAUGAGAUGAUUAGGUCAUAUGAUUGUACUGGUAUGUGAGAACAUCCUAAUUACUGCCUAUUGGUUGAUCAGUUAGGUUUGAAAGUCAGAGUUAUAUUAGGUAAGGCUGCCUUAUAUAAUUUAACUGUAUGAUACUUGUACAUGUUUGUUUUCAUAAGGAUGAAUGAAACUAUUUCUCAUGGCGCUCAAUAGAAUGUUUGUGUUGAUGAAUACUUUUUCCUAUUCAUUUCAUCAAAAUCAUGAAUAUUACGAGGACGUCUGAAAUUGUGUAAGAGUGAUUUAUCAUUAUCUGCUACAUAGGUACGGUAUUUAUUUGACCAAAUAAAUUCUUCAUAUUUUUCACUACUUGUAGUUUAUAUAAAUACAAAGGGAUAUUCUGCACAAAUUAGGAUUUCAUCACAAGAAAAUUGUACUUAUGUUCUUCAUUUUUAAAUAAACACAAUUUUUCCUUCAUGGAAAUUCUUUAUUGAUCUAGCUAGCUCGAUUUACAAAUGUUUGUGUGACCCUGAUCGUGUUAUCACAAGUUUGCAUUGUUAUUAGUGGAAUGGAAGGAAAUUUUUGUGUAUAUUAUGCAAUCAACAUAAAAUAAUCCUUUUGAAGUAAUAAAAUUGUAACCACAGGAGAAAUUUUAGUGAACAGCGAACUUACUUGUGUAUUUACCCAAUACUCUGUAUAAAAUCAGAUGCAUUGUAGUAUAUUUUGUUGGUUAAAUUAAGAUUUAAAUGUCAUUAAAAUGAGUUCUAAGAGGUACAGAACAGCUAGGAAUUUUGUAACUUGACCAGGAUAUCCCUUUAAGCUUGAAUUUAUUAGAGUGCAGUUAGUUUGUAACUUUACUUGUGUUUUGAAAAACUUCAUACAGCUUUUCUUGCAAGAAGUCAGUAUCUAACACUUUUUCCAAAGUGUUUGAAUGUUGUACUGUGUAAAAGGUGAAGGUACAUUUACAUAGAGGUUUUCAAAAGAAUUUCUUCAUUUAUCAUCACUCUGGAAAUAUCACAUACUGUUAUGGUUAGGAUGUAAUGAAAUAAUAUGCUUGCUCUGGUAAUAUAUUCUAUAAAUUCUGUAUCAGCACAUAUGAUAUGUACAGUUCAUGCAGUGCAGUUCCUGUCCCCUUUGUUUUAGGAACAUUAUUGCUUCUGGCAUCACAAAGUCACAUUUUGCCCUGUAAUUUUGAUUGUAGUUACUUGUAUAAGAAUCACUUUAUGUUGUGUUGUACCAUCCUAUAGUUUUUAUCAGUCAGGUCAUACUAGUAACAACAGGAUUUAUAGGGGCAUUAAACAUACAUAUGUAUCUUCUGAUGGGAAUUUGUACUUAAUGCUUGACAACUAAUUCCAUCUUACUUGAUAUUUAUUAUCAUAACUUGCUAUCUACUCCUGUUUUGUUUAGUUUGGUCAAGUCUAUUUGGUGCCAUGAUGCUAUAUUUAACAUUUAUUGCUAACCUAUUUCCAUCAUGUAAUUUGCUUUGAAAGUUCUGUGUAGAUGAAGAUGUAUUUCUGUUAAUGCAAUUGUAGAAAAUAGUUUUUUUCUUCAUAUAAUAUUUGCUCUAUGCUGUUGCGAAUCAUUUUAACUCAGAAAUAAUAGAUGUAGAAAAAGUAACCUACAGUGUGGAAUGUUAUACCAGUCAGUGUGAUUAUCAUGAUAAAUCAGUUAUUUUUCCAGCAUUUCAAUGAUAGUCUCCCUCUCCUUAUAGUUGGUGUCAUUUUCUUUAGUGUUUCCUUGUUACACUUUUAUUUAUUGUGGCUGAAAAUGUACUGGUGAGGAAGUGUAAAAUCAGAAUAAAUUGUAAAUAACCA